AUGCACAGCGCGUUGGGCGUUGUAGACCCCGGUGCAUCUGCUGUUGGUGUACCACCCCCACCACGCAAAGGAAGAACACCACAGCGUAUAUGUCUCCUCGCGAUGUGCGGCAUCCAUCUGGGCCUGUUGAGGUACUUGAGCUCGAGCACGCUCGUGGGACCGUAUUUGCAGUAUUUUGAGUCGAUGGCUGCUAGGGAGCUGUUUGAAUUCCAGGCGCGUUUGUGUUCUUUGGUGAUAUGCGUGGAUGAACCUGACAAUGAUGAUGAAUGGGUAAAUAAAACACGAAGAGCGCGGUGUCGAAGGCGUAUAUCAUCAGACUUCCUCUGCGCACUCCUCAUCCUCCUACUGCAUAUCCGCAACGCGGGAUUACCGGACUCGGGGCCGCUCGCGCAUCUCUCGGAAGCGACGGCGGGGAGUCUGAGCGGGAUCGGACAUUCGACGGCGUAUGAGGAGGAGGCGUAUUAUAGGCUCGCAAUGGAUUAUGUCUUUUUGGCUGAUGACGGGCGGAGUGUGCAGGUGGUUUUGACGUGUGCUUCUUCUACUAUUCGUGCUGUCGACGGAUAUGGCAACCCUGAUACCAACCCUGAUCCUGAUUUACCGCCCUACACAUACACCCACCCACCGCUAACAGUCGAUCCGUUCAACGCGGCACAGGAGCAGAACGAUUAUGAGAUCCCGUGGGCGCUGAGGGAUGUGAUUACGGACGAGCGGAUUGGGUGA